CCAGAAACCGUCUGCCACAACACACAACACCCUUCUUAUUGCAAACAUGUUAUUGCUCAUCACCACGGCAACAACGUCUAUGACUAUGGACACAAAAACAAACGGAACUUGAUGAUUCUGGGAGAUGGAAUCAAUCGCACAGUGAUCACCGGCAAUCGCAGUGUUGCGGAUGGGUGGACAACAUUCAACUCAGCAACAUUUGUUGUGGUAGGACAAGGAUUCGUAGCAGUGAACAUAACAAUCAGAAACACGGCAGGGCCGAUCAAAAGGCAAGCAGUUGCAUUAAGAAGUGGGGCAGACUUGUCUGUCUUCUACAGCUGCAGUUUCGAGGGUUACCAAGACACCCUGUAUACGCAUUCUAUGCGACAAUUUUAUAGAGAAUGUGACAUAUAUGGAACGGUCGACUUCAUAUUCGGGAACGCGGCCGUCGUAUUACAAAACUGCAACAUAUAUCCACGGUUGCCCAUGACGGGACAAUUCAAUGCUAUCACAGCGCAAGGUCGAGUUGACCCAAACCAGAACACAGGCAUCUCCAUACAAAACGCCACUAUAAAGGCUGCGGACGAUCUCAUGGAUGCUCUCCAGAACGCGACGGCCGUGAGGACUUACCUGGGGAGGCCAUGGAAGCAGUACUCGAGGACGGUUUAUAUGCAGAGUUUCAUGGACAGUUUGAUAGAGGCUGCGGGCUGGCGGGAAUGGGAUGGAGAUUUUGCUUUGGAUACGCUGUACUACGCAGAACACGACAACAGAGGGCCCGGUUCGGACACUGGGAACAGAGUGACGUGGCCUGGUUAUCAUCUGAUUAAUGCUACGGAUGCCGCUAAUUUCACGGCGGAUAACUUCCUGCAGGCGGAUGCUUGGCUGGCUCGGACGGGCGUCCCCUUCUUCACUGGUUUGAUUUAG